AUGCUUCACUUCAACCCCACCCACGCUUUCGCACGGGCUAAUGCUACGCUAAAUAAUCCGACCAGAUUUGAACGCUUAUCAAUUAUCUUUGGAAGUUGGUCUCUACCUUACCGUAACAGGUCAGGAAGCUUUUCAGCUGUAGACGUUCUUCAAAUUGGAAAUAAUUUAUGUUUAUCUUUCUUGCUUUCUUUUCUUCAGAUUAUGGAAGGCGUCUCGGUGUUUUUUGUGAUCAUCUCUAUAAUGUCCUUCACUCUGGAAUCGGUUGAAGAUUUCCGAACCCCGUUGCUGAACAACAAGACGCUGACGAUUCGCCAGAAGACAAUGAGGAGCGAACCAAUUCGCUUGUUUGUCGUAUUGGAAGACACCUGCAUCACCUACUUCAGCCUGGAGCUCUUGCUUCGCUUGCUCUUCUGUCCGAACCUGAGGCACUUUUUCCAGGAGCCAAUCAAUUGGAUCGACUUGCUCUCCCUCAUUCCGUUCUACAUGCGCCUCAUUCUCAGGGUGUUUCAGUGGAACAGCGGUGACGCGCGCUUCUACGUCAACAUGCUGCGACUCGUUCGCAUCUUCCGCAUUCUGCGACUCACCCGUCACGUGACCGGCAUCCGCAUCCUGGCGCUGACGGUCCGUGCCAGCGCCAAAGAGCUCUUCUUACUUAUCGUCGUCGUCUUCAUGGGCAUCACUAUCUUUGCUAGCCUCGUUUACUAUGCUCAACAGAUCGGCGAGACGAGCGACAACGAAUUCUAUAACAUCCCCAUCGGCUUUUGGUGGGCCUUGGUCACCAUCACGACCCUCGGCUAUGGAAAGAUCGUCCCCAGCACUUUGUUGGGCCGUGUUGUGGGCGGUGUGUGUUCUCUGUGUGGCGUGCUCAUGCUGGCAUUGCCUGUACCUAUAAUUGUUAACAACUUCACGUUGUAUUAUUCACAUGCGCAGGCAAAACUCAAACUGCCGAAAAAAUGCAAAAAGGUUCUGGUUGGAGCUGCAGACGCACUCAAGGAUCUGCAUUCGAUUGAGGACGACCGCGAAAGUGCUCUGAUGUCAUCCGAAAAACGGCGAAUCAAAUCCAACCAGGAGAUGGGUAUCAGUGUGGUCUACAUCGACGAAGUUGGUGCGGAUGCAGACACAACACAACCUGAGAAAAGAAUCGCAAAAAUUAACCUGGGAAAAAGAAACAGUAUCCAUCCCUUACCAACAGAACAAACUCCUCAUCAAGAUCACAGUUCACGACGCUUGUCCCAUCGAGCCAAUCUAAUGUCGCGGAGGACGUCUUUGUUUCCCAAGCAUUCACCUUGA